AUGGCUUCUCUUCUCUCCCCCGCCACCGCCGGCGCUUUUCAUUGGCAUCUCAGACGCGGUUUCUCCCUUCCAUCCCAAAACAGCCGGAGUUACCUGAGAUGCAACUUCUCCCCGGAGGACAUUCACAUUCCUCUCGAUCUUGCAGGGCAGUCUCUCUCUCAUCUCCCUGCAUUUGAUGACUUUCAGAACAGAUUCUCGGACACUCAGAAAUGGGAGUUCCUUGCAUCCGCCGGACUUGUCUGGUUUUACCUGACGGCAAGGCCAGGUGUGCUCAUCGGCGCUAUUGACGCAUACCUCCUCGCUCCCCUCCAGCUUGGCCUCGACACUCUGAUUGGGACCAGGAGGUUGAAGCGGUCCGAUUUCCUGGUCAAAGAGAAACUCGGGGAGGGGUCUUUCGGCGUCGUCUAUUCGGGCGUGCUUCUUCCCAAGCAGAGAGUUAUUCUCAAGAAGGUGAAGGUGGGGAUCCGAGGGGCGGAGGAAUUCGGGGAGUACGAAGAGUGGUUCAACUACAGACUCUCAAGGGCAGCUCCUGAGACCUGCGCUGAGUUUCUCGGCACCUUUGUCGCCGACAAGACCAAUUCUAUGUUUACUAAAGGCGGCAAAUGGCUCGUGUGGAGGUUCGAGGGAGACCGUGAUCUUGGUGAUUACAUGAAAGACCGGAGCUUUCCGUCCAAUCUGGAGCCCAUCAUGUUUGGGCGUGUUCUUCAAGGCGCGGAAGCAGUGAAACGCCGCGCAUUGGUCAUCAAGCAGAUCAUGCGUCAGAUCAUCACGUCUCUCCGGAAAAUCCAUGGCACGGGCAUUGUGCACAGGGACGUCAAGCCUGCCAACUUGGUGGUUACAAAGAAGGGCCAGAUUAAGCUCAUAGACUUUGGUGCUGCUGCUGAUCUUCGCAUCGGCAAGAACUACAUCCCUGACCGCACCUUGCUCGACCCUGACUACUGCCCUCCCGAGCUCUAUGUCCUCCCCGAGGAAACCCCUAGUCCUCCUCCCGAGCCUAUUGCCGCCUUGCUCUCCCCGAUUCUCUGGCAGUUGAACAGUCCCGACCUGUUUGAUAUGUACUCCGCUGGGAUAGUGCUUCUGCAAAUGGCCGUCCCGAGCCUACGAUCUUCUGCGGCUCUCAAGAAUUUCAAUUCCGAGAUCAAGUCAGCUGAGUAUGACCUGAACAGAUGGCGGGACAGGACUCGGACCAGGCCUGACUUGAGCAUACUCGAUCUCGACUCUGCCAGAGGCUGGGACCUGGUCACUAAACUCAUAUCCCAGCGAGGUUCUCUGAGACGCGGCCGCCUCUCUGCCGCUGCUGCUCUCAGACACCCUUAUUUUUUGUUGGGUGCUGAUCAAGCGGCCGCUCUUCUUUCAAAGCUCACUUUCAGCAAGUAG